AUGUCACGUUCACAAAAAAAUGUCAAUGUUCUUUGUGAUCAAACGAUGCAACAAUGGAAACAAACAUUAAUUGAAACAUCUAAUCAAGCAAUCGCUCAAAAACUAAUUGCACCACUUUUAUCCUAUGGUGCACAUCAAUUAGUUGGUUUUGUCGGUAGUUCGAUCAAGAAAAAAUAUCGAUCGUACAAAGAAGAUCAAUAUCGAGA